CUUUACUCAUACAGCCAUCGACCUACCAUGUCCGACGUUACUAAAUCUGCUACUGACAAAGAGUCGCUUCCUUUCAGCGAACAACACUACUUUUCCUCGUACGACCACUUUGGUAUUCAUGAAGAGAUGCUCAAAGAUGAAGUACGUACUUUGAGUUAUCGUAAUGCUAUCUUGAAGAACAAGGAUCUCUUCAGAGACAAGGUUGUUCUCGAUGUUGGCUGUGGUACUGGUAUCUUGUCCAUGUUUGCCGCUCAAGCUGGUGCUAAGCACGUGAUCGCUGUUGACAUGUCAAACAUCAUUGAAAUGGCACAGAAGAUUGUCGACCUCAAUGGAUUCAGCGAUAAGAUCACCCUCGUUAGAGGUAAGUUGGAAGAUGUUGUGUUGCCAUACAAGGAGGUUGACAUCAUCAUCAGUGAGUGGAUGGGCUACUUCCUCCUGUACGAGAGCAUGCUCGAUACUGUGCUCUGGGCUAGAGAUCACUACUUGAAGAAAGGUGGAUUGAUCUUCCCAGAUAGGGCCACCAUGCACAUUGCAGGAAUUGAAGAUGGUGAGUACAGAAGCAGUAAGCUUGAUUACUGGGAGAACGUGUACGGCUUUGAUUACUCUCCAUUCAUUGAGAUCGCCAAAGCCGAGCCUUUGGUUGAUACUGUGGAGAACAGCGCGGUCGUUACAACGUCCGGCACUCUUGUUGAAAUCGACAUCAACACGGUUAAAUUGGAAGACUUGGCCUUUUUCAACAAGUUCACCUUGAAGGCAAUCAGAGACGAUACCAUCCACGGCCUUGUUGCUUGGUUUGAUAUUUGGUUCCCAGGAACCGAUGCCAAACACGAAGUGUACUUCUCAACAGGGCCACACGCAAAGUACACUCACUGGAAGCAGACCGUCUUUUACUUGGAUGACAUCCUCGAUAUCAAGAGAGGUGAGUCAUUGGAAAUCAGCUUGGCUAACCGUCCAAACGCUGUGAACCCACGAGAACUCGAUAUUGAAAUCAAAUGGGACUUCAAGGCCGACGGCGAUAAUUACAGAGCUCAUCAGGGUACGCACAACUACUUCCUACGUUAAGAUCUCGGAGUAGACACUGACACACAAGGAGAGAGAGAGACAGAACAAAAAUUUUGGAGAACAAUUGCAUUAAUGAGAUACUUUGAAUGACAUUUCCUGACCUCAAUCUAAUUAAGGAACAUAGAUCACGUUCACGUUUUAGUAAUUUUUGAUGUUUUUUGUGUAGUACAAAACUUGCUGCUGUAGCGACGCAAAUAAACAAAAGAAAAACUAAUAAACAG